UUAUUCCCCUCUUCUCCCCCCAGUGGCAGUGGCGAUGACGUCAGAGCCGGACUCGUGUUCGGAAGAGGAGCCGGACAGCGAGAUGCUCAGCGACGACCCGAGUUUCCAGGACAGUGAUGACGAGAGACAGAUGCGGGCACAGUCGGACCUACCCCCCGGCCUGCCUCUCCGAGCGCCCCGCAAGUUGUUCUCCAACUGCCGCGAGCGCUGGCGCCAGCAGAACGUGAGUGGAGCCUUCGCCGAGCUCCGGAGACUCGUGCCCACGCACCCGCCCGACAAGAAGCUGUCUAAGAGCGAGAUAUUGAGGGUCGCUAUCAGAUACAUCGGUCUUCUAUGCGAGGUGCUCGAGUGGCAGAAAGCGCAUUCCAUCUCCACUAACAAAGAGAACAACUCCUUAGCAAUCAAAUGCGAAUCACCUCUUAGCCCAUCGCAGAACCUACGCAGGAAGUACAAACGACCUUAUUGCAAUGAUGAUGAAGGUCCAAAACCGAAAAUUUUUCUCGAAGGCGCUAACGACUUUCCGAAAUUCGGCAACGAGGAAAAUGAAGAUGGUUCGCUCUUCAGACGCUACCAAAGUCGAGUGGUCCAAAACAAAAUGGAGCACUAUAGGUUCCUCAGAAGCUCUUACUAUUUCCCAAGAUGGCGCCAUCCCCUGCCGUUAAGGAACUUGACAACUGACAGGAAUGGAAACAACUUGCUCAUGAUCGCUCCAGCGCAAAAUGGGACGAGCAAACCAGAUAAUGGGGUUGUGAAGUAUUGCAACGGAACUGCAGAUCUUGAUAAGUCUCUAGAUAAAGACAAAGGUGACAAUAAGGAUGGGAUGAACAAAAUGACUUAGUUUAAGUCAAUAUUUUUUGCAAUACUAUAAUUUAACCGUGUUUACCGACAUAUAAUUUAAGAGUGUUUUUUUAUUUAUUGUACCGAUAUUUUGUUAUUAAAACGUAGCUAUAGAUUGUUAACAAUAUUAUUA